AUGCAUGCUGGUGAAGUGGACUUCAUUGCGGACGAACGCACUGUGGAGAGAAUGGGAAAAACAUGGCACCAGUAUCUCGUUCACUGGGCCCGACCUCAUCUAUUGGGGUACACGCGAUCAUGGGUGAUAAGCCGCUUUAUGAAACAUUGUCCCGAAGCGUUGGGUGUGUACACGCGUUGGCGACAACAUCCUGGCAACUUAACGUACUCCGAAUACCGAGUACGCGACGCUCGUUUUUUGGAAUUUGGUGAAAAUCCAACAAAAACCUGCCUUUUUCAAGCGUUCAAAAUUAUCAGCGACAAGUUGGGCCUGCAUUUACGCGCCACUGCAGCCGAUUUGGUGUUAUUUAUGACAACCAACUCCAUCCCACUGUCCCAUGGCAUUCCCCCAUCCAAGUUACGUGCCUUUGUCCAGUUUCUGUUCGCGAGGGGGCUCCGGAUUUGUUUGAAGACGUUUGCGUCUGAGUUGCUUACCAAUCAAAGUGGCGAUCCGAAGUUGGAUCUGUACCGUAUCGUCCUCGCGGAAGGCAACGGCAUGUUUCUAGUCACAACCGUAUCAGGCCACACUGCCCAUGUAUGGGUAUUGACGUGCGUUGGCUCCGUUUCCGAGUUGACAGAUGCUGAAGGAACGAUCGGGGUCGGAGAACUCCCCAGCUUCCACCGCAACAAAGCAAACGGACCCUCGACGUAG